AUGAUGGGUGUGACUAAACAGAUUGUGGAGAGAAACUGGAUUCAUGACGAAGUUCCUCACGCACUGCCGGUGGGAAAGAGCCAUAUCCACCCACCAACAACACCGCAUGCAGUGAGUUCAUCACUCCCAACAUGGGAUGCUGUUAUUUCUUGGUCACGAAAAGAAAAAGCUGCGAAAGAACACGUGGAGUUUAGCUAUCCGAGGUUCUUCAUUGCCAAGCCAGUCCAAUUGCUCAUCACCCGCAUAAGAGAACGAUUGAAUAUCAAGGACGACACGAUCGCAUGCAUGGUUUUUCCUUCGAGCCGGAUUGCAGAGUACUGCGCAACUGUGCUGCGAGCAUCAAGGUCGGAAGCUCCAGCCAAUACAGUCCGAUUCCUUUUGUCCAACGAGUCGAUUAUCCACAAUGGUGACAAUGCAUGGACCAAUUUCUCGGUAGUCCUGUUCCCAACGAAUCUAACGAAGGAAUCCAUGCUGGUAUGGAUGGACACUGGAGCGGGAAUCACAACCCGCUAUGCUGAGUAUUGUCUGGAGAACUUCGAUCUUCUGGCAUCGGAAUCAACCGAACAGACCUUUGAGACCCAGGCAACCAAGAGAAGAUACUCUGAAAACAAGAAGCUCAAUUAUUGGACUCGUUCUGCCUGCAAUGAUAUGCAUGAUCUCAGAACACGCAUUGCACAGCUGGUGACCUCGGAAAAUACGAAGCUGAAGAGAGGCAAAGCCGACGAUGUGUUCAUUUUUCCAACUGGAAUGAACGCUAUAUUCACGGCGUUUGAAGCAUUGGCAGCACUUAAUCCCAAAUCAAAUGUGGUUGCAUAUGGCUGGCUUUACCCAGAAACAGUCCAUGAUCUUCGAAGAACUUCCUGGGAUCGUGUCAUCUCCUUGAAAUGGGGCACCGAAGAAGAACUGGACCAGCUUGAGCGUAUGCUGAUGAUCUCUCACCACCGAAUCACCACUCUCGUGUGCGAACUUCCAAGCAACAUCAAGUUCAUCUCACCAAACCUCGAACGGAUAAAAUCGUUGUCAGACCAGCACGGUCUCAUUGUGGUGUGUGAUGAAACCGCUGACAAUUUCAUCAACGUCGAUGUCUUGCUCUAUGUUGAUGUCGUGGUGAGCAGCUUGACAAAGAUGUUCAGUGGAGCUUCGAAUGUGACUGGCGGCAGUGUUGUGAUAAAUCCCAACUCUCGUCACUAUGAUGAAAUAAAGUCUUUCUUGACUGUUCAACAUAAGGGCGUCGUCUGCUUCCCACCCGACAUGGCAGUACUCAAGCAGAAUUCAGUAAACAUGGCAGAGCGUGUCCACAGGUCCAACGCAAACACCCUUCCUGUCAUCGACCUUCUCCGCAAUCAUCCCACAAUCCAGCAAGUCAACUAUCCAUCUCUCGGGCCCACAUCUCCCUGGUAUGCCAAGGUUAAACGCCGAAAUGGCGGCUAUGGAAACGUUUUCAGCGUUGUGUUUCGUAACCCUGAUACUGCGAAGCGAUUCUACGACUGUUUGGACGUGUGUAAAGGGUCGAGUUUCGGCACGAACUUUACUCUAGCUGUUCCAUAUGUUCAAUUGGCUUGCUACUGGAGUCAAGACAAGUGCGAGAAGUACGGAUUACCCCGGCAUGUCAUACGUAUCAGUAUUGGGCUUGAGGAUCCGAAGGAGAUUGUUGCAAAGAUUGAAGCUGCACUACGUGAAGCGGAAACAGAUGCAGGGUGUAACCAUUGA